AUGUGGGUCAUGGAGAGGAGGCUGGUGGUGGGGUCUUUGGUUGGGAGUGAUUUUGCAUCCAUUUUGGAUGUGGAAGCAUUGGAGGCUGGCCCAGGGCCUGCUGGCUGCCAUCCUCGGACCGAUAUGUACAGCCAGGUUCGGAUGCAGUUGGCAGACAAGAUGGGUUACUUUGGUACAAAGACAACGGGCAACACUUGA